AUGAGUGCGUGACACCGGCUGCUGCAGUGCCCGUGAGAGGGAGCGGCUUGACAUCCCCAGCUCCCCCCAGCCCACCACAGCACGUGGAGAGUGUGGCCACGGAGCUGGAGACCCGCUGUCCAAUAUGCCUGGACAGCUGGAAGGAAGCCAGCUAUGUGAUGCCAUGCCUCCACCAAUUCUGCUACCCAUGCAUCCUGCGGUGGGCUGAGAACAAGCCCGAGUGCCCCCUCUGCAAGAGGGAGGUCACCUCCAUCUUGCACUCAGUGCAGGGGGACGACAACUUCGAGGAGCAUGUCAUCCCACCACCUGCAGCACCAUUGGUCUUCAUCGACCUGACAGAAGGAGCUCCUGGACACCCAGCCACCCACAAUCUCCAUCGCCUUGCAGCAUCCUGGCCAUCAGCUGCGAGGCUGGUACCCGGGGCUCCUGUGGGCCGCCUCCGUCCCCACGUCUGGGCAUUCCUCUUCCGGCAGUACCCAGCUAUGCUCCAGCCCCUGCUGCCCUGGCUGCGACAGGAGUUGGGACUGAUCUUAGAGGAUGUCCAUGAAGCAGCAGCAGCAGCAGUGCAGAGGUUCAUCCUAUCCAGCCUGCAGCUCUUUGGCCUGGAUGAGGAAGCCCUGUUCCAGCUGCUGCAGAACAUCCUGGGCGUGCACGCGAGGAUCUUUGUGUGCCGUAUGAUUGAUACCAUAAAGGAGCGGUGCAGCGAGGAGGCCCAGCGUCGGAUCGGCGUGAGGGAUGCCCGUGCUGCCGAGGAGCAGGAGGGUACCCUCACAGCUGCUCCCAGCCCCGCUGCCUCCCAGGGGGGGUCUCCUGCCCCCAGCCCAGCCCUUCGUGGGGGUCCCAGCAGCGCCCCCUCUGCCCCUGUUCCUGCCCACGGGGAGCAAGAAGAGCCACAGGAGGACGCAGCGGAGGCUGUGCCCGGGCCCUCCACUCCCAGCCAGGGCAGCCAGCUCUCCCCUGGGGGGCCCCGGCGAGCCCCAAAGAGGAGGGCCAGCAGCCCUGAGGACCCCUCCCAGCCCCCCAGGAAGCCACUCCGCCAUUAGUAACACUGGGAGGGUGCCUCAGGGGCUGGCCAAACCACAUCCGGGCCAGCAGCUGGGACUCAGGCUGGUCCCCAAGAGGUCCCGGCCCCCUAAAUCUAAUUAUUAUGCAAGAAAAGAAAAUAAAGGCCUGAA